AUGGCGACUACGAUCGAUGCGCCCGGCCCAAACCUGCUGGGGGUGGCGAGACGGACCCUCGGUAUGGGCCUGCUGCUCCUCGUCGUGGUGCUGUGGACAGCCUCCAACUUCCUGGGAAGCACUAUCUUCGCCGAUAAAACUUAUGCCAAGCCCUUCUUCGUGACCUAUCUCAACACCUCGCUCUUUACUCUGCCGCUCUUUGCCACUCUUAUUGCUCGGACAUGGGGCCUGUGGCGUGCUCAGAAAUUGUCCCAGGUCCACUCAUUCCGGAGCCUGCUGCGACAUUUGGAUUCCGAGGAUCCGAAGCACGAGGAGGAGAGUAUGCUGCGUUCUGGGUCGUUUGACGAUGACUCCCGUUGCGAUCACGAGAUCGAGAGCUUGCAGUAUUCGCGGUCGAUACCGGACAAUUUAAAUGCGAGGUUGGGACUGCGAGCGACGGCCAAGCUGAGCAUGGAGUUUUGUCUUCUAUGGUUUGUUGCAAACUACUUCGCCAUGGCAUGUCUCGAAUACACGACAGUUGGAAGCACGACCAUCUUGACUUCUACCAGCGGUGUUUGGACACUGGUCUUCGGCGUCAUGAUUGGCGUGGAGAAAUUCACGCUGCGCAAAUUCCUUGGUGUUGUCGCCUCGCUGAUAGGUAUCAUCCUCAUCUCACGCGUUGACCUGUCGAAGCCAGACACCGGCGAUCCCACAGGCGCUGAUGGCAGCGAUGGCUCUUUCCCCCACAAGACCCCCACCGAGAUAGCCAUCGGCGAUGCAAUGGCCGCAUUCAGCUCAAUCAUGUACGGUGUGUACACGAUUGUGAUGAAGAAGCAAGUGGGCGAUGAGUCACGAGUGAACAUGCCAUUGUUCUUUGGAUUGGUUGGAUUAUUCAACCUUAUUCUUCUGUGGCCUGGGUUCUUUAUCUUGCAUUGGACCGGGGUGGAGCCGUUCGAACUGCCGAGUACGAAUCGCGUGUGGACUAUUAUCCUGGUCAACGCACUCUCCUCAAUCGUUUCCGACAUUGCAUGGGCUUACGCGAUGCUGUUGACUACGCCGCUCGUGGUAACAGUCGGCCUUAGCCUGACUAUCCCUCUGUCCUUGGUCGGGCAGAUGUUCCUGCAGUCCCAGUAUGCGUCACCAGUAUACUGGCUAGGGGCUGCAAUCGUGUUUCUGUCGUUCUUGGUCGUCAAUCAUGAAAGCAAGACCCAAGAAGAGGCCGAUGGCUCUGGAGAUACGGGCAGGCCAUCAAUUGGGGAAUAUGAAACCAUCCCCCGUGAAGAAGAAGUGCGAUAA